AUGAAGACGCGCAGCCACACAAAGAGAAAUACAAAUGAUAUAGACAAUCAUACUAAAUCGGCUAAUAAGAACAAUCCAGAGCUGGAGUUCGGGUCAGACAAAGAGAAAGUUAUUAAAAGAAAAAGUAAGAUAAAGAAUGAGCAGAUCGAUACUCAUAAGUCCAGUGUUUUUAAUGGGCAACAGACCCAAGAAGAUCGAGAACCUGACCCUCAAAGUUCCCCGCAAGAUUCUGAGAUUAAGAAAGAAGAAAAAGGCAGUUCUAACAGUAUCGGAAAUACUAAAUAUUUUGGUUCACAUAACCUUCAGGUCGUUCCGGUAGAACAGGCUAAUAGGGUGACUAUCAAAGACAUAAUUAAUUCUCAUAAGUUCACAGGAAAGAGAAAGAAAAGGACUAAGAAAGCUGAGGUUGCUUCUCCAAGUCACAAAAGUGAUAAGGUAGAUGAAGAGACUAAAGUUACCUCUCCUCCUAAACCUGCUAUGCUUCAUAAGAGAAUUACUUUGGUCAAUGGUAAAGUCCAGAUUGAUCAGAGCUCCCUCAUGAUCGAGGAGUCUAAUUUCAGAAGAGCUGAAGAUGACCCUAAGAACUUCAAGGUGAUCAAUGACGAUGAGUAUACAACUUCGAAUGCUUUGAUCUACCCAAGAAAGAGCAAUACUAAGAAGUGGAGUGAUGAAGAGACUGAACUUUUCUUCAAAUUCCUUGAAGAAUGGGGUACUGACUUCACAAUGAUCGAAUCUAAAUUCAAAGGAGCAAGGAACAGAACCCAGAUAAAGAACAAAUUCAAGAAGGAAGAGACAAACAAUCCUGAAAAGGUUGAGGCUGCUUUAGCCAGGACCUACACUAAGAAGUACGGCAAGAAGAGAGAGGAGAAGGAGAAAAGCAAGGCUAAAGAAGAAUAGAAUGGCGAGUCUAAAAAUUAAAGAAGUAAUUUUGUGAUUUUGAAG